CCAUACCAUCUGCGUUUAAACUUUGGUGCAUUCUGUGGCGUUUAGCGAGUCUUCGUCGGAAUAUGCAUCACAAGCAAGCGUACAAGCACAGAGCUUUGCUCCCGCUACCACUCCCUUUGUCCCUCCAAUCCUCAUAUCACUGCAAAAUAAAAGCAGCCACUCACUGGGAUUUCUGUUACCAGAUGCUCAUCCUAGUCCAUAACUCUCUGAAAAGAAAACCUUUUCGAGUUAUGCUAUCAUACACUCACAAGUAGGUUUCUUUCUAACACAAAAAGCUUCUUUCUUGAUACUGCUAGAUCUUUGUUGUCUCUUCAUUUCAGCCGCAAUGGGGGACACGAGGAAGUACAUUUCACUGCAAGACCUUAGAAAGCAUAACAAAAGAGGAGAUCUAUGGAUCUCUAUACAGGGCAAGAUCUACGACGUCUCCGAUUGGGCAAAUCAUCACCCAGGAGGUGAGCUUCCUCUCCUCAAUCUCGCUGGCCAAGACGCCACUGACGCUUUCGUAGCUUACCAUCCCCUCACUGCAUGGCAAUACCUGGGCAACUUGUUCACCGGAUAUUACCUCCAGGAUUACUCUGUCUCCGAGGUAUCCAAGGAUUACCGGAGGCUUGUGUCGGAAUUCUCCAAAAUGGGUCUAUUCGAAAGCAAAGGACACGGUGUGUUUUUCGCACUCUCUUUCAUAGCAGUUCUGUUCUGCGUGAGCGUUUAUGGUGUUUUGUGCAGUACUAGCCCAUGGGUUCAUUUGGGUUGUGGCGGGUUGAUGGGGUUCUUAUGGAUUCAGAGUGGAUGGAUUGGACAUGACUCAGGGCAUUACCAGAUAAUGACAAGCAAGGGUUUCAAUCGUUUUGCCCAGAUCCUUACUGGGAAUUGCCUCGCAGGGAUCAGUAUUGCGUGGUGGAAGUGGGACCACAAUGCCCAUCACAUUGCCUGUAACAGUCUUGAUUUCGAUCCUGACCUUCAGCAUAUGCCAUUGUUUGCGGUGUCUUCCAAGUUUUUCGAUUCACUGACUUCGCAUUUCUACGAGAGAAAGUUGAACUUUGAUUGUGUGGCUAGAUUCUUGGUUAGCUAUCAGCAUUGGACGUUUUAUCCUGUAAUGUGCUUUGCCAGGUUAAACUUGUUCGCUCAAUCAUUCAUCUUACUCUUAUCCAAGAGGAAAGUACUCAACAGAGGGCAGGAGAUUCUGGGGCUGCUUGUUUUCUGGAUUUGGUAUCCCUUAUUAGUUUCCUGCUUGCCCAAUUGGGGUGAAAGAAUAAUGUUUGUCAUUGCCAGUUUCUGUGUCACUGGAAUACAACAUGUUCAGUUCUGUUUGAAUCAUUUCUCGUCCAGUGUGUAUAUGGGGCCACCGAGUUCCAAAGACUGGUUUGAGAAGCAGACUGGUGGGACGCUGGAUGUGAAGUUCCCUUGGAUGGACUGGUUUCAUGGAGGAUUACAAUUUCAGGUGGAGCAUCAUCUGUUUCCGAGGUUGCCCAGAUGUCAUUUGAGGAAAAUCUCGCCCUUGGUUAAGGAUCUUUGCAGGAGGCAUAAUUUGCCUUACAACUGCGUGUCCUUCUGGAAAGCCAAUGCCCUAACAAUUCAAACGCUGAGGAAUGCAGCCUUGGAGGCUCGCAAUCUCUCGAACCCAAUUCCCAAAAAUUUAGUUUGGGAAGCCAUCAACACUCAUGGAUGAAAAAUUAAUGGAGUCACUGCAAAACAGAUCAUCUGCAGGUAGUACUCUUGUAAUUUGCUUCUCCCCUUAUAAUCUUCAUUCACUGUCAGUUUUGGUAUAUUCAUGUCAUUAUGCGACCGUGGAUCUCUCUGAAUAAUCAACUGUGAUAUGUUUGGGUCCAAGGGUUCAUUUCAUUUUUACUUAGACCCCAAGGAAUGUAAUUUUUUUCAAGUAUUCAGAUUCACUGAAGGAUAUUAUAUGUUUGCUGGUUUUA